UUCCUACCUCUGCCCUGAAGCUGUAUCGCAGACACUUUCCAGGCCUGGUGUGACACUGGCCCCGUGCUGAUGGGUCUCUGCACAUUUUAGCUCUGGCUGUAAGCCUAUUCUUAGCCAGAGGGAAUAUGAUUUGGGGAAAAUGGUGAGGUUUGGCUGUAUUGCCUGCAUCUCUAGUCAUGAACAACAAGGAAGAGGCAGGGCAUAUGUACAAUGCAGCAUCAGGGGGAGGAACUAGUUAUGUAACUAGGACAACGGCUUUAGCAGGAGGAGAGUGGAGACAGGCUGGGGAUGGGAGCAGUGAGCUGUCGGCAGGGGCGACAUGCCAGGGUGGCUGCUCACAAGUGUGGUUCCCUUGGUUCUCAGCAGGGUGGCAACAUCCAGGGCCCCUGGACCCGAGGCUGGAAGAGCCUCUGGUCAGGUGUGGGGACUACCAGGUCAGGUCUGGAAGAGUUGUGGGGACUACGGGGCCAUCAGUGCCUGCACCGGGAGCCCCUGGAGCCAGCCCCACUGAUAGUAGAGAAGCCUCUGUGUGAGUGGCCUGUGCCUCAGUUCAUCAACCUUUUCCUGCCAGAGUUUCCUGUUAGGCCCCUUAGCAGGCAGCAGCAGUUGAAGAUUUUAGACAUUGUGGCCAAAGGCUCCUUUGGAACUGUCCUCAAGGUGCUAGACUGUGGCCGGAAAGGUGUAUUUGCAGUGAAGGUGGUGUCCAAGGUAAAGGUCAUACAGAGGGACACCCUGAGGCAGUGCAAAGAGGAGGUUAGCAUCCAGCGACAGAUCAGCCAUCCUUUUGUACACAGUUUGGGGGACAGCUGGCAGGGCAAACGGCACCUCUUCAUUAUGUGCAGCUACUGCAGCAGAGAUCUGUACUCCCUCUGGUCCACUGUUGGCUGCUUUGCUGAGGCUUCCAUCUCUCUGUUUGCUGCUGAGUUGGUCCUGGUGCUGUGCUAUCUUCAUGACUUGGGCAUCAUCCAUCGAGAUGUGAAGAUGGAGAAUAUCCUUCUGGACGAACGAGGACAUCUGAAACUGACAGACUUUGGUCUGUCCCGCCACCUGCCCCAGGGAGCCCAAGCCUAUACUAUCUGUGGCACUCUUCAGUACAUGGCCCCAGAAGUCCUGAGUGGAGGGCCUUACAACCAUGCUGCCGAUUGGUGGUCCCUGGGUGUCUUGCUUUUCUCUCUGGCAACUGGAAAGUUCCCAGUGUCUGCAGAGAGAGACCAUGUGGCCAUGUUGGCUAGUGUGACCGACUGUGACUGUGAGAUCCCAGCCUCUCUUAACCAGGGGCUCUCACUCCUGCUGCAUGAGCUCUUAUCCAAGAACCCCUUCCACCGUCCACGCUAUCUGCAUCAUUUCCAAGUCCACCCUUUCUUUCGGGGUAUGGCCUUUGACCCAGAGCUCCUACAGAAGCAGCCAAUGAACUUUGUCAUAGAGGCACAAGCUACCCAGCCCAGUCCACUGGAAUCCAUGACCUUCAAGGACUUUGACUGUGACCUGGAGUCCUUCCUGGUCCAUCCCAGCCCUGCUCAGGUUAGGACACGACUCGGAACCUGAGCAUCUCCUCCUCUGCUGCCAACUCAGUAUGACCAUCUUGAUGAUCCAGUUUGUUUUUACUUUGUAGUUCCUUAUCAUUCUGUUAUUUUAGGCAUUGGACCAGAGUUCACAUCUUGGGCAUUCUACUACUGGCAGCUACAACUGGCCCUAGCCCUUCUCCCAUACAUCCCAUCUCUCACUACAUCUCACAUCAGGGUGGUGAACCUUCUUUUGUGUCACUUUUCCCUCUCCUUGUUUCUGUCAUGUUUCCUUUCUUGAGCAAUAGUGAUGCUUCAUAUGUUCCCAUGGUACUACUUAAUGUGUUUAAUAGGCUUGUCAGAAGCAGUAUGAAUAUUUUUCAAAGAUCUCAAAUGCUGGCCUUUCAACUCCUUAUUUAGGGGACUAAAUAAUGCAACUAAAAAAAUAUGAUAUGGGGGCUCAAGGCCAGUCUAUAAUAAAUCUAAUUAAAAAAAAAAUUAAAAAGUGAACCUAAUAGCCCGAAGGAAGGAGAUGACAGGAACUGAAACCUGGAUGGGUUAAAUGUCUUCUCUAGGGGUAACUGGAACAGCUAUCAAUUUUUUUCCAAAACAAAACCACCUCAGAAGACCUAAGACUUCUUAAGACUGAUCAGUUUCUGAUAGGCAAACCAAGGAGUGUUUCACGGAGAGGCAUGACAUCAAACUUAAUAUUUAAGGUUAGAGAUUUAUCUCAAAAGAACUUUUUCUUUUAGUAAGGAAAAUCAUUUGGAUCAUGAAUUUGCAUACACUUUAAGCCUUUAUGACUUCUCUUUAUUUUUCUGUAACUUCGCAAAAGCUUCAUUUUUUUUUUUUCCUGCAAUUUUAGGGGGGGAAAUGCUUUUAGAUCAUAUUAUUUUUCAUUUAUGUCUGAUGUCUCUUUCCAGACCAAAUACAGUCUCGAGAAUACACUGUAUACUUUUAUUUAUUAAUUCUGUCCCUGGAUUAAAUCAGAUUUUCCCUGUACAUGGCUGGCAUUUUAUAGGUCUUUGCGGAAUUGCCUUUUUUCUGAAUCGUACUUUCGCCUGAUGCUACCUGCUUUCAUUAACAGAUGUUAUAAUGAAAAUCCUUACGACACUUAACUGCUGUGCUUACUGUAAAGGAUGUUUAUCAUUACAAUUCAUAGUGUUCCAUUUAAGGAUGCCUGGGAGAAAUUUCCUCUUGUUCCAGUUGUGUUUUUCCUGCAUUGCUAUUUGGUUUUUAUCUUAAGGACACUAAAUACUCAGUUGAUUGUAUUUGUCUCUUUAUACUGAUGCCAGACCAUUUAGAGCCCAAUUUGUGGUCCACGUCUAGCAGGUGAUGGGAUUUGUAUGCCAGCUACAUUCUUGAUUUCAUCUUUCUUCUCUACCUUUAUUUUUCUUAUCCUCAUUUUUCUAAGUUUUAAUCUUUCUGGUUUUACUAUAUUACCUGCAUCUUUGUAAGUCCUUUUGGAAUGAGGAUGGGACAUAAAUAAAUAAAAGAAUGUAUCCUUAAUCUUUUUGAUUAUCUCAUUUGUUUCUCUGUAGACCCUUUUCUAGCUUUAUUACAUUUUUUUCUUUAUUAAGUUGUUGUAGUGACCAGAACUGCACAUUGAAUAAAACCCUGGAUACUAAUAAUAGGAAUUAAUGGUUUCCAAAAUAGUAGCUAAGAGCAUUAGAUUGGAAUUUAGAAGACCUGGUGCCUGGAUCCACCAAUAACUAUUUCAGUGUCUUUAGGUGAGUCAUUUUAACCUCUCCAGAUCUUACUUUCCUAAUGUAUAAAAUGAAGGGGUUGUAACUAUUGAUUCUUAAUUGUGUGUGUGUGUGGCGGGGGGUUGUAGAUUUCUGUGAUGCUUUUCAAAGGGCAGAUGCAGAGGACCUGAUAUUUUGUGAUACUAUUUCUGGUUCAGCAGGCAGCACAUUGGGCUAAGGUCAUCAGGAAAUGGUUAACAUAAUGUCACUACAUGUGGAACAAAACUAAGUUAGCCUUUUGUAUGUGGUUUCCAAAAAUGGCCUGAGCAAUUAAUACGGCCAGGCAAGUAGGGGCUCCACAGCAUCCAUGAUCAUACACAGUGAAAUCUGUGAGAGCCAGAACUUGACGGGACUGCCUUGCCUUUCCAAGUCUUGCAAGAUUUCUGCCUUUGACAGGGCGCAAUCUUACCACUUUCCUAUUGCUCAUUUUUAGUGGAAAAUGCUUGAGUUUUCCUUCUCUGGCAGGUUUCCACCUUACACAGGUUCUGGGUUUCUGCAGGUUUUACUGUAAAUGUAGUUUGAAUCAUUUCUUCCCGUGUGAAGACAUUUCAACAUACUCUAUUCAGUUAGUGGUACACUACAGUAGUGAUUCUCAGGGUAGAGUAGAGGGAGUGACAGAAAAGCAGUUUCAGAAAGUAAAAUUAAAAAAAAAAAAUUGUCCCUGCCUCCCAAUUCUGAUAUGCUUAUCCCUCUGUCCCCACCCCCAUUCAGAAUCACUGACCUUUUACUUAUUCAUAUGAAAUUCACUUAAAAAAUUUUUAUAUACAAUUUGAAAUGAUUUUUUAAGUCUCUAUGCUUUGAUUUUUUCAUUACCUAGAAGAAAUCGGAUAUACCUAUAAACAUGAAUACUUUAUGCUAUACUCCCUUCUGUCUUUUAUAAGAAUUUAAGAUUAGUCUUCACACCAAUCCUUAUAUAUUCUUCUAGAAAAAUGUAACUCUAACCUAAAGUCCUUUAUCAUAUGUUGAUCUGUUCAUUUGUUCACUGAUUUAACAAAUUGGUAAUCUCAAUUCCUUGGUUACUUCUUUAAAGAGCAUUUUCAACAUAGAAUCUCGUCAGCUUUUUAAAAAAAUGAAGCAAGAUCAUAUUCACUGGUUCCCUUUUAUACAAAUGCAUUAUUAACCCCUGGGAAGAAUUCUGAUAAUCAGUAAUGAUUUUCUAUUUACAAAAAAGCAUGCUACAUUUUACCUAAAGGCCCAUUUUGCUUAUAUUCUGAGAAUAUACACAUCAUUUCAGAUUUCACUGUAAACCAUGAGUUUUGCCGGUUUACAGAGCCCUACUGAUUAGCAGUGGUCAUAUUGCUUCCUUUGUUCAACACUCCAUCAUACACAGCAGAAGAGGUAAUAAUUCCACAGUUUCUUCCUUGAAUUCACUCAGAACGGUCUGGUGGACACUUCUCAGUUUUGCUGAUUUGGGUUAUGUAGUUGGAUUUUUAUAAAACAAAUAUCUAAACCUAAAAUUAAAAAGCUAUAAUUGUUAAAUUGGGCCCUAUCUCUCAUAUAAUGUGCAAAAAUUAAUUCUAGAUAGAUUAAACACUUAAAUGUUAUACAUUAAAAUGCUAAAAAUCUCAGAACAUCUGGGAGACUAGACCUACAAUAAAGAAAUGGAGGAGAUACCUAAACCAAGACAGAAAAUGAGAGAGUUAUAAAAGACAUUUUCUAAGAAAGACACAUUUAACUACCUAAAAAUUCGAUGAAUGACUCAAUCAAGACAAGAAAUCCAAGUACUUUGGAAGAAAAGAUAAACAUUUGACAGCAUAAAAAUUAAAAGCCUUUGUAUGGCCAAAACCAAAACCAAACCCAACCUGAUGCUGUCAAGUCGAUUCCGACUCAUAGCAACCCUAUAGGACAGGGUAGAACUGCCCCAUAGAGUUUCCAAGGAGCACCUGGUGGAUCUGAACUGCUGACCUUUUGGUUAGCAGCUGUAUGGCCAAAUGAACCAUUAAUAAAGUUAAUGGACAAACAAUAAAGAAAAAAUAUUAGCAGUGUGAUGACAGAGUUAAUGUCCAUAGCACAGAACUCUUAGUUAGAAAAGAAAAACAACCAGUGUUUUAAAAGGGCAAGGAAAUGAAGUGACAAUUAAUUAGAUCUCUGUCAGUUGAUAGAGACUCUUAGAAGACUCUAUAUAAGACACAGAGAAAAAAAAUGAUUCCAUUUUUAAAAAGGACUCAGUUACUUUUCCCUCCCCUGUGUGUGUGUGAGAGGGAGAGGGGAGUAAUUCGAGUGGAAAGAGGAGAGGGAAAAAUAAAAGAAAAUAAAGGCUUGCACUACUAGUCCUUAAUCCCAAAGACCCCAGUAGACACAUCAAUUAAUUUUUGAGGGAAAAAAAAUACAAGUGUUUGUGUAUAUACAUAAAGAAAUUAUAAAGAAUUAGAGCUAUAUUAAAUGACAGGAAUUUCUAAGAUAAGUAAUAUAUUUAUUUACAGAGCAAAGUGUAAUCAUACUUGACUAAAGACAAAUGACUGUAUGUGUUUGUAUAAAGGUAUACACACCAUUGGUUACCUCAAGAGGGUAGAAUGGAUAGGGGAGGUUUUGGCUUUAAUACAUCUUUGCAUUGUAUUAUUUCACUAGUAAUAAUAAGGAUCUAUUAUUUCUAUAAUUUCAAAAAUACCAAAUUAAAGAAGUUAUUAUGCAAAACAACAUCAACAAACUAAUUUGGUUUAUGUUACCUAUCACUCACAAUGGCAUUUUCCCUCUCAUCUACCCCUCCAUGUCCCUCUUAAUUUUCUGAUGGAAGCACCAUAUCCCUUUGGCUACCUACCUGGUAACAUAUCAACUACAACAAGGACUGUGCAUUCUAAUUCACACAUUUUUAUGAUACCAGGUUUUACUACUGGCACUUAAGUUUUCUGUCUUGGCUUUUCUGCUACUUUCCACCCUUAUAUUAUUUCCUGGGUCAUUCUCACUGACCAGAAGUGCAACUUGGAAUUCCCUCUGCAGAGUCUUGGGGAAUCCCAGGCUCAAGUUCAUCCUCUUACAUUCUUUCCCCCAGUUUUCAAUUCAAGCAACUGUUGCCAUCUCUAGUGCCUGCAGGUUGGGACCAUUAAGUUUCUAGAGCAGUGCUGACCAACAAAACUAUGAUGCAAGCUUUGGAAGUUACUUUAAAUUUGCUAGUAGUGACAUUUAAAAAGCAAAAUUAAUUUUAAUGUCUUUUAUUUAACCCAGUAUAUCUAAAAUGGUAUCAUGUCAAGAUGGCUUCAAUACAAAAAAUGAGAUUUUAAAUUAUUUUUUUCACACAAAGUCUUCAAAGUCUAGUGUGUACUUUAAUCCUACUGCACAUCUCAAUUUGGACUAGCAACAUUUGAAGAGCUUAACUGUCACAUGUGGCUACUGGCUACCCUAAUGGACAACACAGUUCUACAGAAGCCUAUCACCUAAGGGCCCUGCAGUUUAUAAUAUAGUUCCUCCUCCCUGGAUAACUGUCUUGUCCAGGUUCAUUAAGACUUCUAGAGUGUAAAUAAAGUGCUGUGAGUGGAACAGAUAUUCUAUCAUAAACUAUAACUCUGAAUAUUUACCUUUAGGCUGUUUCCAAAAAUCAAUUCCACUUUCAAUUUCCCACACAGAGGGGAUUCAGGAGGCAGUAGAAUGCCCUAUUUGGUAUGUGGGUUGGAAUCUUGGCUCUGCCAUUUGCUACCUGUGGGACAUUGAACAAACUACAUUAAUCUCUGUAUGACUUGGUUCCUUUGCCUGUAAAAUGGGAAUAUUUACAGUACCUACUUCAUAGGUGGUCAGUGGCAGAAUUCUCACCUUCCAUGUGUUGGAUUCCCAGCUGUCAUGGAUUGAAUUGUGUCCCCCCAAAAUAUCUGUCAACUUGACUAGGUCAUGAUUCCCUUGUAUGAUUGUCUACCAUUUUAUCAUCUGAUGUGAUUUCUCUAUGUGUUGUAAAUUCCAUCACUAUGAUGUAAUAAGAUGGAUUAGUGGCAGUUAUAUUGAUGAGGUCUACAAGAUUAGGUAGUGUCUUAAGCCAAUCUCUUUCAAGAUAUAAAAGAGAGAAGUGAGUAUAGAGACAUGGGGACCUCAUACCACCAAGAAAGCAGCGCUGGGAGCAGAGUGCGUCCUUCAGACCUGAGGUUCCUGCGCUGAGAUGCUCCCAGACCAGGGGAAGACUGAUGCCAAGGACCUUGCUCCAGAGCCGACAGACAGAGAAAGCCUUUCGCUGGAGCUGAUGCCCUGAAUUCGGACUUCUAGCCUACUGGACUGUGAGAGAAUAGACUUGUCUUUGUUAAAGCCAUCCACUUGUGGUAUUUCUGUUAUAGCAGCAGUAGGUGAGCAAGACACCAGCCAAUGUAGCCACCAACCAUCUGUCAGUGGAGGCUUUCCUGUUGCUUAUGAUGCUGAACAGGUUUCAGCGGUGCUUCCACGCUAAGGAAGAAAGGCCUGGCGAUCUACUGAAAACCAGUCAAUGAAAACCUUAUGGGUCACAACGGUCCAAUCUGCAAUGAUCAAUGGUCAUGGGGAUGGUGCAGGACGGGGCAGCAUUUUGUGUGGUUGUGCAUGAGGGUCGUACCUCAAGGCCACAAAAGCUAACGACUUCAUAGGUCCUUCUGAGGAUUAAAUUAGUUAAUACACAUAAAGGAUUUGGAACCGCGCCAGGCACAUAAUAAAUGUUCAAUACAUGUUAGUUAUUAUUCCAGUAAACUUGUUGCAGGCCCUGAGGUAAGUCCCUAGAAAAUACCAGAAAUUCUGAAGCGGCUUUACAGCCGAGGGGCCACAUUCUGGUUGAGAACUACCUCUCAGGCCAUCACGGACACAGGACCUAUGCGCGGACCGGCCAAGCCUCAAUAAAAAACACUCCUCCGCUCACCUCUCCCUGACCACCCCCCUCUCCCUGACCACCCCCGGCCGGCUCUUUCCCGUCAAGAUUGAGGUGGGGGGGUAACUGGGG